AGCUCAAAUGCGCACAAUAAAUACCACACAUUGAUUCUCGAUAGAAAAUGAACUUACUUUGUGACGUAGGAUUCAAACACACAUUACAGUAAACGCGAUAAAAAGCAGCGGGACUUUUUUUCUUACGACAAGGGAAUCUACCAGUCUAGCAGUUAAAUUUCAAUUGAUCAUUGUUAUGCCGGGUGCGGUGUAAGGUAACGGUCACACUAUUAAGUGCAUGAAUUGAUGGUGACGACUGGAAACACCACAGCAGUUGCCUAGGAGAUAACAAUUCCACAGCAACUGUUACCUAUCUAGAGUGCUUAGGAGUUUACAAGCUAAACGGGCAGAUUCAUACCUGUAUAUACCGGUAACUAUGGGCUGUGGAGGGUCAAAAGGCACCGAUGCCACGGACCCACCAUCCGACAGAGCGACCCCUGUAACAGUGACACAGUCCGAUAGAGGGACCCCUGUAACAGUGACGCAAGAGAUUUCUCGGCAGAAUACGGAGAUCUCUGUUCAUGUCUCAGUGGUGAGAGAGAAUACUCGACAGAAGACGGAGGUGCAACUGACGAACACAUAUGAGGAUAAAUAUAAGACCGAGUACGACGCCAACGAUCCAAGCACCUAUCCCCCACCUGCGCCGCCGAGGGGUAAGAAGGCAGAGGUGUUCGACCAACAGGAGUUCUCCAGUAUUGACGACAUGGUGAAACAGGCUCCUGAUGAUGUACGAGAAAGCUACGAGGCCCUUACGAACUUCCUGUGUGGAUGUGGCCGGCUAGAUUACCUGGUUGUUCGAGCCAUAUUUGUGUGGAUUGGCUCUCAAGACUUGAACACAAUCAGCUGGAACGAACCUGAAGGAGAUACGCCAAUAUGGUUCCUUUGUCAGAUUAAAAACAGGAAGAGCAGUAAAGUCAAAUUCUUUGAAACACUUUGCAGGAAAUGUCAUAUUCCCUGCGUCACAAUAAAGGGGUAUUCAAAGGCUGCAAACUACACAGUAGGGGACGACAUGGAUCCCAAUGAAGUAAACGGAUCUUGGAAUGCCGUUUAUGUAGACAGUGGAGACGACAGCCAUCAUCAUGACUGGAGAUUUGUACACAUAUUUUGGGGAACCCAAGCAGUAGUUGGGUUUGAUACUGGAAAAUGGACACUGGUAGAAAAAGAUGGCGAAAAGAAGAACCAAAAGGGUGAACAGUCCCAGGGCAAAGCUGUGUUUCAAAUUAACGACUUCUGGUUCUUCACAGAUCCGGAAGCAAUGAUUUAUCGGCAUUUACCCGAAGAAGACAGCCAGGCGUGGCAACUACUGGCAUCUCCAUUAUCAUUCGAGGAGUUUGUCGCUCAGCCAUACCUUCGCGAUCGCUUCUUUGACCUCAAUCUAUCCAUCGAGCGUGGAUCGAAGUGUAGAAUAACAACUGAAAAUGGAAAAGCAGAGGCGGUGAUUUCAAUUCCAAAAGGCAAAAGCAAGAGCAUAGUAUUUCAAUACGAACUAUUCAGCUGUAGCGGAGGUACAGGGACCUUGGAUAGAUUCGUGGCGCCAGAAAUACGCCAAGACACCGACCAAUAUGUGAUCCCCAUGAGAUUUACAACGGCCGGCGAUUACAAACUUGAUAUUUACGCAAAAGAGAUAGGGGUUUACCGAUUUUUCAAGUGGGCCACGUGUUACAGAAUUAUAUGUCCUGAACCAGUGCCAAAGGAAAACGUUGUUGAUAACCAGCCAUACCCACUGAAACCACAAAAUGGGUAUUUUGGACCGGGGUUCCACGUCAAUGACCUUGGUAUUUCAGCAGAAACACACAAGAGGGGGGUCGUUGACGCAGAUACAGGCGAGGUAGAAAUCCGGUUUAAAACCAAACCAGAAACAGGUGUUCAAAUGGUGCAACCACGUUUAGUGUCAAACCAGGUUCAUUCUGCAGUUCUGCAAGACUUUGUUGAACACAAAAAGGAAGCAAAUGAAGAUGUGUAUACCGUCCGUGUCCCCGAGAAAGGUGAAUAUGCCUUGGAACUUUUUGCACAACAAGGAAACAAAGAUCAGUCGACUCAGACGAACGUAUGCAACUACCUUUUAAGGUGCAACGACGAAAACCUGCAGGCCACCCCUUUCAAGAAUGUCUCAAAACAUAUGGCUAAGUUGGAGGAAGCGAGUUCAGUAGGUGUUGAUCCUAUUUCUCAAGGCCAUCAGUGGAAAUAUAUCAAAACAUCAGACGGCAACUUAACUUUACGAUUCAAGAACGAGCAUGGAGCAAAUCUUAGAUGUCGCCUGAGAAUGGAGAAAAGUAACACCGAAGAAGGCACCAUAAUUGACAGCGACAUUCUUCAGAGCUAUAUGAAGACAACGUCAGAAGGAAAAGAAGACAGUGUUCAGUUGAGGUUGCCGCAGAGUGGUGAAUACAUCCUUGAAAUAGAUGCCGAGAACCAUGGAGAAUGGAUAAAGACAUUUGAGUAUCACAUCGAAAGUGCAGGUAACGAUAAGGAUUCAACCGAUGAGCAGGCGUCUAUUUUCCCCUUUCAUCUUGAAAAGGGUCUGGGUCCAACCAGACUUUCGGAAAAAGUGGGUGUUCAUUUGCUGUACCCCAAGUCUGGCAAAAUCAAAACUUUGGACGAAAUCGCUGACAUUUGGGUUCAAACCAGUGAAGCCAGAGGUGAUGUAUCAUUAGAAUACACGUUUUGUAUGCUCACAAAUGAUAACAAAAGUACUGACAAGAAGAAAAGAGAUAUUCGGAGUAGCAUAGUGGUGGAGAAGAAACCAGACGGCAACUAUAUUCUGAGGGCAAAUCUACCAGAAUGUGGCAAAUAUGAACUGAAACUGUUUGCAAAGCAGGGGGAUUGUAAUAUAUUGGUGCAUGUUGCCAGUGUGAGGAUAAUCAGAGAAGCCGUCGAUAAAGUCAAAAAGCCACUGCUUAUAUCACAUCAUUGCACCUGUGUACAUGACAAGACUAGAGUCCAGCUAGAAUUAAAGGCAAAAACAAGCGUUCAGGAUGCUUUGCUUAGUACAAGUCGGCCGCCAAUGCGAAUCAUGUGUGUUAUCGACGCCAGUGGAAGCAUGCAUGGAAACUACGGCAAGGAAAACAUAAGCAAGCUAGAGAAAAUGAAAACCUUCGCCCAAGUUCUGGUAGAUUACAUGGAUGAAGUGGAUUACUUAGGUGUCGUGGUAUUUGGCAAUGAAUCCCAUCUGACGUUAGGGUUUACGCGAAUGGCCAGUGAAGUCAAGGAAAAUGUUAAGGAAACUAUACGAAGCAUUCAACUGAUGGGUUCGACAAACCUCAGCGCGGGUCUUUUUGAAGCAAUAGAACAGUACAGGAAACUGCCUUUGAAAUGUUUUGAUGACAAAAUCGUGCUAUUCACGGACGGAGGGGCCAACUGCGGGAUAACAACAUCGCAGCAACUGAUCCCAGAGCUAAGAGAUCGGUUCAGCGCCAUGGGAAAGGAAUCCGGUCUGGGGGAAGACUACACCAUCCAGAUUGCUGCGUUCAGCACCGGCGGAUUCAUGCCCACGCUGAUGUACGAGCUAGGACAAGCUUUCAGCAGUGAGACAUUUUAUUUCAUGGAUGAAAACACCCUACUGGAGCUCAACAUGAUGAAGACGGUCCUGCUUCAGCAGACUGCGGUGGCCAGACACGUGAAAGUCGUCGCUCAAGCUUUGAAUGGUGUAGUGUUUGACAGAACAGAGAUGCCCCAGUUGGCAGAAUCCCCGAGUCUCACCACACGUCAAGAUGAUUACAUCUCAGAACACUUUAUCCACACCAUAUCUGGAGAACUAUCCAAGCACGUGCUUUAUACCCUUCUCCUACCGGACGACCAUUCAAAAACUUUACCAAAUAAAGACGUCCUCGAGAUCAACGUUUCUUAUCAAAGUGAAUUCGGCCUCAUCCAGGAGAGAAUACUAGUACCGUAUAAAGAACUUCCACACAGCGUGGAGCAGUCCAAAGAAGCGGCCCUGGUAACAUUCACCCAGCAAGAAACACGACUUCAGGCAAAGACGGCUAUUCUACAAGCAGCGAAAUUCAUAGCAUCCCUGCGGUAUGCCGAUUCUAAAGAAGCGCUAGAAAACGUGUUGCAAACAAUAGGCGAUAUAAGAACCAUGAUUGCACAGUAUAUAAGCAGAACAGGGACACAUAAAAUCGACCAAUACAACGAGCCCGUACUUUGGUACAUCCAACACUGUCUGUUGAUGCUGAAGCAAGAUGAAACCGUUCAAUCGUCUGCCGAUAAAUGGGGUAAUCUGGUGUCGUAUGGGGCGUCGCUGGACAGAGAGGUCCCCACCACGUUAGAUUUCAUCUCCGAAGAGCAUCAGCUCUUCCGACCGACUGGGAUAGAAGAAAAGUUGGAAGAUGUUUCAGAACAAAUUGAUGAUAUGAAAUAUGGCGAAUAUAAGGAUAUUUAUAGAAAGUUGGAGAGGGCCAUCCAUGAGAAGAAACCUGGACUCAAAAGGAAAAUGUUGAAAGAGGCCAUCAACGAAGCAGAGGAGAAUAACGUUCCAGAUAACGGAUUAAUUGAGUCCGCAAAAGAGGAACUUAAAUAUUCUCAGUAUCACAAAGAAUUUCGGGACGCUAUCAAGGCGAGAGAUCAGAACCACCUGAGACAGUUACUGCAAGAUGUUGCCGAUUUUCCUGAACACCUACAAAAUCGACUUCGACCGGACAUCGAAGAAGCAGAAGCCCUCGUUGGACAAAAAAGGAAAAAAUUGCGCCACAAAAUGCUGGAUAUGAACUACCGCCUCAUUACUGAGUUACACACGUACAGAGAACCACCGAUUGCUAUUCACUACACCAUGGCGGCCGCGUAUGUGCUUCUUGGGGAAGACAUUGAGGAAUUAAGGGAUUGGGCGUUUGUACAGGCGUUGCUAAGAAGGACGGGUCAGCAAAGCACACUGUUUAGGGCAACAAAACUCGACAUCAACAAGGUAUCAAUCUCACAAGCAGAGGAAAGUGAGGAUAUAUUGAAUAAUUAUGUCGGAACUUUAGAUGAAGUGAGAGACCAAAGUGCUGGAGCAGCAAGAUUCUUUCAUUGGGCAAGAGAAGUGAUCCAUUCCGUCAAAGACUUACACCAAAAUGAGUGAACUGAAGUUAGAUAAAAGCCCCGGCACAUACGUUACCUGAUCAUUUUGUUUCAUUUUAAAAGUGAACAAUUUAUUUUAGAAUAUAUGAUCUACAUAAAUCAUAAACUGGACAUGCAUUCGGUUAAUUUUUACAAUGUCAAUAAGUCCAACCAGGAAAUUAAAUCCAAAAUCAUCGAAACUAUGUCCAAAGGCUUUCUCACUGCAUUUGUCAAGAUUGUUGGCCGUUGGUUCCUCGUGUGAUUGUCCAGUAAAGAAGGUCGCGUAACUCCAACCUUCAAUACAUGUACCUUAAAAUGCCACCACCGUGCACUACUGAUAUGGGUAUUAUGGACAUCUAUGUAAAUUUAAAAAGGAAACCGGAAACAAAUGAAAAUUCCCUUUCACUCUCUCUCUCUCU